AAGUUCGACGCGACGACCCGACCCAAUCCAGUUUUCUUUUCUUUCUUUCCAAGCAAAUUUUCCAUCAUUUAUUUUCCCCUCAAUUUCUCUCUGUUAUUUUCCACCAAAACCCGUUUCAUAAACCCUUACUUCCCCAAUCCUAAUUCCCAACCCUUUCAAUUUCCUCCCAAUUUCUGAUUCUUCUUCUUCCGCCAUGUCCAUCUAUAGGGUACUUUCCCGAGCUUCCAGAAGCUUCGCACUUCUCUCUGCUUCACACAAGCCGCCACAACCCUUUUCCACCACUUUCUUCCAUAAUUUCAGUUCCUUUCCUCAUCAAUCAGCUAAUAAGCUUAUUCCAGUUCAAGCCAAUUUGUUUUGUCCACAAAUAAGUUCAUCAUUGACUCCAAGGUUUGGAUUUUCUUCCUCGGCCUCACCUGAAACUUCAAGUGAUGAUGCUGCAAAAACAAGUGAAAAAGCCAAGGUAGUUGAUCAGAAUGAAGAAGUUAAAGGCGAAGGUCAAACCAGUGACUCAGAUGUAGAGAUUGAAUGCGAUUUAUCCAGAGAUGAAUUAGUAAAGCUUGCUACUGAAAAGGAAGCACUUUUGAAGUUGAAGCAGAAGGAGAUUGAGAAAAUGCAGGAUAAAGUUUUGCGUACUUAUGCAGAGAUGGAGAAUGUCAUGGACAGGACUAAACGAAAUGCUGAGAAUUCAAAAAAAUUUGCCAUACAGAAUUUCGCCAAGAGUUUACUAGAUGUUGCUGACAAUUUGGGAAGAGCUUCUUCAGUUGUAAAGGAAAGUUUUUCAAAAAUUGAAUCACCUAAAGAAUCCGAUGAAGCCGCAAAACUCCUGAAAACACUUCUGGAAGGUGUUGAAAUGACCGAGAAACAACUUGCAGAGGUACUUAAAAAGCAUGGUGUAGAAAAAUUUGAUCCUACAAACGAACCAUUUGAUCCAAACAGGCAUAAUGCCAUCUUCCAAAUACCUGAUGCUACCAAGCCUCCAGGCACUGUUGGAGUCGUUCUGAAGGCCGGAUAUAUGCUUUAUGAUCGUGUAAUUCGUCCAGCAGAAGUCGGCGUAACACAUGAAGUGGAAGGCAACAAUGCAGAUGAAUGAUUACGGCAUGAAGAAAUGCUCGAGUAAUUUUGGAUAUUAUCCAAUGUCUUUUUAUGUAGUUCACACUCCGGUUCUCAUUUGCAGAGCUUUAAUUCGUCAAACGUUGAAAGUACUAAUCUUUUUUCUUAUACAUCGGGAGUUAUUUUUUUAAUAAUAAUAAAACAGUAUAUGGAUCCGAUUCCAUGAGAUUUUGGUUGUAAUCUAUUCAUGCUAUUAACUGAUUCAUUAUAAUUAACUCUUUGUAGUGGGGGAUUUCUACAUAUCCCUCAUUUAUUUUUGAGCUAUCUAGUGUAGUAUUGUCCCUUUCUGUUAGCAAAUCAUAAUUUGUAAGGGGCAAAGAUCAGUCGUUGUAAAAUUUGAAGGGAAAGUCUUGAGGGGAUGCAACUGUUUUCUUAA